GGAACCGCCCACUCUGCGUCAUUGCUUUGCGCCGGAAGUAUUGCCCGCUGGUGACGCUUGGGAAGAUGAACGGACUGGAGGUUGAGGAUCCGUACCUGGUGGAGGAGCUGAGUGAGGAGGAGCCUGUGUCCAGUUCUGAGGAUGAGUUGGACGUUCUACUCCACGGCACGCCUGAACGCAAGCGCAAACUGAUCAGGGAGUGUUUAACGGGUGAAAGUGAAUCCAGCGAUGAUGAAUUUGAGAAAGAGAUGGCAGCAGAGUUGGAUUCCACCAUGAAGGUUAUUGAGGGGAGCUGGUCGCUCAUUCCUGAAGGUGCUUCCUCCAGUGUUGGAAGCUCCCAGUCACAAGCAGCUCCCCAGCAUCAGUACUAUAAUGAAGUUUACUUUGACUCGGACUCGGACUCGGAGGGAGAAGAUGAGCAAGAAGGAGGCUGUUCACAGGGUAGACACAAGAAGAGGCAGAGGCAAAAGGUCCUGACAAAUGACGAGCUGUUGUACGACCCAGAUCAAGACGACCGCGACCAGGCCUGGGUUGACAUGCAGAGGAGAGGGUAUCGUGGACUUAAUAAGCAACCAAACAUGUCAGAAUCUCUGCCAGUUCCUAGCAGUGAUGCAGUUUUGAACUGCCCAUCUUGUAUGACAACUCUGUGUCUGGACUGCCAACGGCAUGACUUGUACAAGGAGCAGUACAGAGCUAUGUUUGUGAUGAAUUGUAUCAUUAAUAGAGGAGAAAUUCUCCGGUACAAGAAUCCUUCAAAUAGGAAGAGAAAAAACAGGUGCAAGAAGGUGAAAUAUCCCAGUGGAGAUACCUCUGUCGGUUCAAAACAAGAUGGGGGGGAGAUAUAUCAUCCAGUGCGCUGUGCAGAGUGUUCAGUGGAAGUAGCUGUUUUUGACAAAGAUGAAGUGUAUCAUUUCUUUAAUGUUCUGGCCAGCCAUUGUUAAUGUCACAAAUACUUUUUAAAAAAAAAGUCCUGUUGAUUUACUGAGUCCAUCCACCUUUGCAAUGGAGUAGUUAACUGUUCCAGUAGUAUCAAUCAGUAUGAUACAGCCACAUUCAGCUGAGAUGCGUGUAGACUCAAUCUGGGUACUUGGCUUCAUGACACAGACACCAUGUCUUCCAUAUUGGCUCGUUAAAUUUUUGCUAAAAUAUUGAUCUGGAGUGGGAGGCUAAGAAAACUGUGUAGCUUGGCAACAGAGAGGGCAAGAUUGGAAGUUUUCAAAUUGAACCAAAUCACUGUGGUGAACCUUCAUUAAGUUAAUGAUCGUAGGUUUUCAAAGAUCUUGGAUACCCUACUAAAUGUAGACAAGAACAGAAAAUAAAGGAAGUUAUUGUUAAUUUCCUUCAAAUCCAUUGACUGCAGGCCCAAUUUACUUAUUUUGUGUCUCCUGACCGACUUGGAUUUAGACUAUAUAUACACACAAUAUGCAGGAUUUAAAUGUGUCAAUCUAUUUCCCUGAGUUUCCAUAAGCAAGACAUACUACAAACUCCAGACAGCUCUGGAGAUCAGGAUUGAAGAAAGGCUGCUAGAAACAAGUCAAGAGGAGCAGAAUUUGGCCCAUCCAAUCUGCUCAGAUCCAUCUUGGCCAAUAGAUUUGCCUUCUCAACCCUAUUCUCCUACCUUCUCCCUCCACAGCCAUCAGUAGCAAUGAUUCACCACCUUCUGGCUAAAGAAAUUCCUCAUCUGUAUUCUAUAGGAAUGUCCUGUUCACCCCCACUAUAGGGAACAUCCUCCACAUCCACUGGGUUUCAAUGUGAUUUUCCCCACUCCCCCCCCCCCCCCCACUUCUUUAAAAAUCCAGCGUUUAAGCCCAGGCCAAUCAAACAUUAAUCCUUUUGUGUAUUUAAUAUUUUAAUGAGUAAUCUUGUGUUUAUAUGUUUCAUUAAUCAUUCUUGUCAUUUUGUUAAUUACUGGUUAUGUGUAAAAAUGCAUUAAUUGCAAACAAUAUCAUGUGAUAUGUGCUCCCUUCAAAGUAAACUCAAACUGGACCCAUA